UGGAAAAACUGCUUUCAAACAGAACAAUUAACGUUUAGAUUUUUAAUUCAAAUCACAAACUGGGUUAGUCAUUUGUUUAACAAACAAAAAUGAGAUAAGCUUUCCCCUCCCCCUUAAGACAUAGAGACCGUUGCCUCGAGAACUUGCAGAUCGCCCACUCUCAAUAUGAAACAUUCAAACUGGCGGAGUGAAUUACUGGCCAUAUUUGUUCUUUGUGCCAUUAUCACCCUGUCAUCACCAAUAAAGAUAUUGGUUGUACCUGUCGAUGGAAGUCACUGGGUCAAUAUGAAAAUCCUAGUGGAAGAACUGAACCUUCGUGGACACAAAAUUACUGUGGUUCAUCCCUCAACAUCCUGGUAUAUCAAAGAAAAGCCUGAUCUUUAUCAAUCCAUUGUGGUCCAAAUGGAAGAAUGCCUUGGGAAAAACAAAACAGAAGAAAUAAUACAAGGUUAUCUACAAAAGGUACUGACAGCCUUAAGGUAUGGGAUGACACCGUGGGCAUAUAUUCAGGUGCAAUAUCAGAUGUGGUAUGCCUUGUAUUACUAUCAUCAAUGUGCUGGACAGAUCAUUGUUGCAAUAUUUAAAAACAAAGUUGUAUUAAAUCAAAUUGAAGAUGCCAACUUUGACUUGGUGCUUACAGAUCCUGCUUUUGGUGUAGGUCCAAUUCUGGCUUCUUACUUCAAGCUUCCAAUGGUGUACAACGUACGGUGGCUCCCUAACAAGGAAGCCCACUUACUCUCCGCCCCAUCACCACUCUCCUACAUCCCCAUCACCGGUUCACAUUUGACGGAUAAAAUGACCUUCCUUGAAAGGACAUGGAACGUCGUUCUGAAUCUAAAUCAGAUCAUUAUUUCGGAAUUCCUCAUUAACCCCAUUUACAAUGAACUCUGCCACCGGUACCUGGGGCCAAAUACAGACUUUCAAGGAAUUCUUCUGAGCUCUGAUGUGUGGCUGAUGAGGGUGGAUUUUGUGUUUGAAUUCCCAAGACCCACCAUGCCAAACAUUGUGUACAUCGGAGGCUUCCAGUGUAAACCAGCACGGCCUCUGGCAGCAGAGUUUGAGGAGUUUGUUCAAAGCUCAGGGAAACAUGGACUUGUUGUAAUGUCAAUGGGAACUAUUGUCAGUUUCUUGCCAAUGGAGAUUACAAUAAAAAUAGCAGAAGCUUUAUCUCAAAUCCCCCAGAAGGUUAUCUGGAGAUAUGAUGGUGAGACCCCUCCCAAUAUAGGGAAUAAUACACUGCUGGCAAAAUGGAUCCCUCAGAACGACCUGCUGGGUCACCCCAACACACGAGCCUUUGUUUCACACGGAGGCACCAAUGGGAUUUAUGAAGCCAUCUACCAUGGGGUGCCAGUGAUCGGCAUACCUCUGCUUUUUGACCAGUUUGACAAUUUAAUUAGACUCAAAUCCCGAGGAGCAGCAAAAGUGAUCAACGUUGCAACCAUGCAUUCCACAGAUCUGUUACAGGCACUCAACGAGGUGAUAAACGGCACAUCUUAUGGGGACAACAUGAAGAGACUCUCCGUUCUCCAUCGGGACCAGCCAGAGUCGCCAAUGGAGAGAGCCGUUUUCUGGGUUGAGUACGUUGCCCGACACAAAGGAGCGGGGCAUUUGCGCUCAGAAUCCCACCGACUCCCCUGGUACGCUUACUAUUGUGUAGAUGUGAUGAUCUUUCUGUUGUCUGUGUUACUCCUGCUCACUGUGCUGGUGGUUGGAACACUGAAGAAACUUUGUCGUAUUGCACUGAAGAAAAAGCAAAAAAUUCAUUAAGUUUUCUCCUUUAGAAUUGGGAGAAUGUUACAUUUUGUAAUUUCAUUUUUUCAAACAAUUUUUAAUCAUAGUUUCUCCAAGACUCCAAAUAACGUUCCUCUCGCAACCCAUUCCCUUUACAGCGAUUGAGAAUUGUAUUAAUGCCUAUUCAGAAAUUAUAACAGAUAUUUGCUGUGUAGUUGCCAACAGCAAACAACUGUACAUGAAUUAAAUGUGACAAAAUGGA